UGGCCAGAAAACCGACACAACUCACCGUUAAAUACACCCAUCUCUGCACCAUUGGAGAGCAAGCUGCACAAACCAGAGCUCCUCACAGGAAGAGCUAAGCACUCGCAUCGCAUCAGAUCACCAUUCACCAACAUCCAUUCCUAGCUACCUAGCUGAUCCCAAUGGCGAGCAGCACCGCUCUCUCCUGCCUGGCCACGCUACUGCUCCUCGCGGCCGCCGCGGCGCCGGCGUCGGCGGCGGAGAAGGAGACCCGGCUGCGGGUGUACUGGCACGACGUGGUGAGCGGCGGGCCGAACGCGAGGGUGGUGCAGGUGGCGCAGGCGCCGUCCUCCAACGCCUCCGCCACUGGCUUUGGCACCGUGCUCGUCAUCGACGACCCGCUCACCGAGGGGCCCAACCUGACGUCGAGGCUCCUCGGUCGCGCGCAGGGCAUCUACGUCAGCGCCGGCAAGGACAGCCUGUCGCUGCUCAUGGCCAUGAACUUCGUCUUCGUCGACGGCGCCUACAACGGGAGCAGCAUCGCCAUCAUCGGGCCCAAUCAGGCGGAUCGGGCCGUGAGGGAGAUGCCCGUCGUUGGCGGCACCGGCAUCUUUCGGUUUGCGCGUGGCUAUUGCCAGUUGCGGACGCACUGGUUCGACGCCAAGACCGGCGACGCCACCGUCGAGUACAAGAUCCAUCUCCGCCACGAUUGAUGCGUUGUUCCUAUAUAUGAUUUCCUCGUUUCACCGCUAGUUUAUUUUUAAUUCCGAGGGUAUUUAUGUGUGUUUUACGGAGAUGAUUUAUUCCGAAUAAUACGAGGUGUUAAUAAACAUUUCAGUUUUGGAAUGAGAUAUAAUUGGUUCAAUA